CACAGCCGCAGGUUAAAAGCACACUUUUCUCACAGCAGAAAAGGUGUCCUGAAUUAACCAGAGACAUAUCUGUAAAUAUCUAGUGAAAGCCACUCUGUGGCCCUGGUGGUGGGUACCAUAGGUUGUGGUGGUUCUUGGUUUUAUCGACCACCUCUAUCUGGUGCAGACGUACCUGAGCCGUUAGCCCUUUUUAGGUUACGUAAUAUAAAUAAAGAUCAUGGUGUCGGAUGAACAGGGCUGCAAGUUCGAGCAGUGAUCUUCUCCAAAAUGACAUCGCUUAAAGACAAGGUUGUGAUCAUCACAGGGGCUAGUUCAGGUAUUGGUCAAGGUACAGCAAUCCACAUGGCAAGCCUGGGCUGUAAGCUGACCAUAAGUGGACGAAAGAUAUGGACAACUUGCAGAAAACGUCUCAGAUGUGUGAAGAACAGGGCUUGGCUAAGGAGAAGAUCCUAAUGGUUGGAGGAGAUGUUACAGAUGAUGCAGCAAUGAGAGAGCUGGUGGAGAAAACAAUUGAUUAUUAUGGACAGCUUGACGUACUGGUGAACUGUGCAGGUGUUUUGAUGUAUGAUACUUGUGAGAGUAUCAAGAUAGAAGACUACGACAACCUAAUGAAUAUCAACUGCAGAUCGGUAGUAUAUCUGUGCAAUUUAGCUAUACCCCAUCUUAUCAAAACUAAAGGAUGCAUUGUGAAUGUGCCCAGUGUCUGUGGCCUGAGGGCUUUUCCUCAGGUCAUGUCUUACUGUAUGUCCAAAGCUGCACUAGACCAAUACACCAGGUGUGCUGCCCUGGAGCUGGCACCUAAGCAAGUGAGGGUAAAUGCAGUAAAUCCUGGCGUCAUCGAGACAGUGAUUUUGAAACGAGCUGGGAUGAGUGAAGGAGAGUAUAUGCUCAGUUUGUUAAGCAUAGCAAAACCACCCAUGCCUUGGGACGACCUGGGACAGUGGAUGAAGUGGCCAAAUGCAUCAGUUUCCUGGCUUCCGACGACUCCUCGUUUAUAACUGGAGCUACUUUAUCUGUGGAUGGUGGAAGACAGGCCAUGUGCGCAAGAUAAUACAAGAUCAAGAAAAAAUGACUAAUAAAAAACUGGAACUUUCGUUUUAUUUAUUUGUUUUUCUGCUUAAUUAUAUUAAUUUUGUUUUUUAGGGAAAUGAUUUUACCAAGAAAGCUUCAUAAGUACACUUGGGAUGGUUUUAAUAAUAAAAAGAAGCACCCAAA